AUGAAGCUUUCUCUUUCCCUCUCCGUGCUCGGAGCGGCCCUUCUUUUGGCCAGCUCGACCGUUGCUGCGCCGCUUGAGCAACGCGCGGCACUGCCUGUCCCACCCACCGGUGCUGAUCCAGCAAUCACCACCCGUCAAUCCGUGCUCGACGCCGCCAUCCAAUGUCCAUGGGAGCCAAACCAAAGCUUUGCAAACGUCAAGAAACCCCUGCUUUUGAUUCCGGGCACCGGAAAUACGGGUGCUCAGACGUACGAGCACAACUGGAAGUUUAUUGGAAAAGCGCUCGGCUUCGAUCCUUGCUGGGUCACGGGUCCCAACCAAAUGCUUGCCGACAGUCAAAUUGCCGCCGAGUACGUCUUCAAUGCCGUCGACAGGCUCUACGCAGCCAGCGGCAACAAAAAGGUUCCCGUCAUGGCAUGGAGUCAAGGAAACCUAGUCACCCAAUGGGUGUUGACCUUCUUCCCUAGCAGCAGAGCAAAGGUGGACAGAUUCGUCGCCAUGUCUCCAGACUUUAGGGGCACCUUGACCUCCUACACCCGAGCCCUUUCUCCCGCUGGACCGUCGAUCAAACAACAAGCCACCGAGUCUCGUUUCCUCAAUGCUCUGCACAAUGCUGGAGGUUUGAACUCCUACGUCCCCACGACUACCAUUUGGUCGUUCUACGACGAGGUUGUGCAACCUCAGUCCGGACCCGACGCUUCCGCAAGACUCAAUGGCGCCAGCAACUUUAUGAUCCAAGACGUUUGCGGACCAAUCUGGUUCUUGGAGCACUCUCAAGUGCUCUUCCAAGAUGCGACAACGACGAUCGCCAAACGAGCAUUGACCGAUGCGUCGGGCAAAGCGCCUCAAGGAGCCUUCAAAGCGGACAUUUGCUCUCAGUUGAUCCCAAAGGAAAUUCCAAUUCCCGAUAGGUGGCUCGUCGGAUCCACCAUCACCAUCGCAGCCACUGCUCUCGCUUUCGGUCCCGGCCAACAAGUGUGCGAGCCUUCGCUCAAGGAUUACUCCAAACCGUAUGAUACGACCAAGAGCACGAACCAGUGCGAGGUUCCAAUCACCGAAGCGCUAGAGGGCAAGCUGAAGGCUGCUGGACUGCAGAACAAAAAGAGCAUCAGCGACAUUAUUUGGUCGAACAAUUACGAUUUCAAAAAGAACAUUUGA